AGACUCUAUGCUAAUAUGCAUAACACUGAUAAUAAAUGCCUGUAUACAUGUAAAAUAUCAGAUGUGGCUGGUAGACCAGUCUUUGAUAUAGCCCCAGAUGAAAGUCCUGAUAAAAUUAUUAGAGCUCAUAAACCAGAUGAUUGUAUCGCCCAACUUAUACAGAUUAUCAAUAAAUCAAGAGGAACAGAAUUAGCAGCUAUGCCAGGGAAUGGGAUAGAUUUCUUUGGAUUAUCUCAUCCUCUCGUACGAAAUUUAAUACAGAGCUGUCCCGGUGCCAAGAAGUGUUCGGGGUAUAAAUGGAUUAAAUUUGAGAUUAAUAAG